GAUACUACUUCUUCCUUUUCUCAGAAAGCUGUUAUUUGUUGAAAGCAUGUUUUGAAAGGUUUCAUUGACAAUUGGGUUGUAUGAACUAGUAUCCUGUAUUUCUUCUGGUAAAUGGGCAUAGUGCUGGAUAUCCUUCGUUGAAAACAGGCCAUCCAAUCGGCCAGCGUAUACCAAUAUCUACCAGUAUUGCCCAGGUGCAAUCAACCAAAUGGAAAGAGACCACCCCCUUCCAGAUGGACCUUUUGCAGGUUGGAAGCAUGGAGAUGUUGAGAAGCUCAUGUUCACAUUAGCCGCUGGAGCUACAGCAGUUGUUGGAUGUUUUCUCUACGGAACAAUUCGUUUUAUUGAAUGGUAUAAUGCGGAGCCGGUUCUACGCUAUUCUAUUACUGAAUUAAAAGCACCAGAGGAGAAGAAGAUUUUGGAUAACCCGAGCAUCAAGGACACCGAAUCAUCGAAUAUUCAAUGUUAUGCUCCAGCAACUGGACAAUUCCUAGGAUACGUCGCCCCUUCAUCGCCCGAAGAUAUCGAUAGAGCAAUUGAGAAGGCACAUGUCGCACAGAAGAAAUGGGCGCGAACUACUUUUACCCAAAGGCGACAAGUUCUACGCUCUAUGAUGGCAUAUAUAUUGGACCACCAGGAUGAACUUUGCAAGGUCGCAUGUUUGGAUUCAGGAAAAACUAUGAUUGAUGCCGCAUUAGGAGAAAUUUUAGUGACUGUCGAAAAGCUUAGCUGGACUUUGAAGCAUGGUGAAAAGGCAUUGAGUCCUUCUCGAAGACCUACGAACUUGCUCAUGAUGUACAAGAAGAAUACGGUCCAAUACGAGCCUUUGGGAGUUGUCGCUGCUCUGGUCUCUUGGAACUAUCCUCUUCAUAACUUGCUUGGCCCAAUAAUCUCCGCAAUUUUCUCUGGAAAUGGAAUUGUGGUCAAGGCAUCCGAAAAUACAGCUUGGAGUGCACAGCAUUUUUCUCUUAUUGCAAGAGGAGCAUUAUACGCAUGUGGUCAUGAUUCCAAUCUGAUUCAAGUCGUUACAUGUUGGCCAGAUACUGCAAAUCAUCUUUCGUCUCAUCCUAGGAUCUCUCAUAUAACUUUCAUCGGUAGCCGACCUGUCGCCAAAUUGGUAGCUGCGGCAGCAUCUAAGCCUCUAAUCCCAGUUGUUGCCGAGCUUGGAGGCAAGGAUGCAGCGAUUAUUAUGAAUUCCGCGGUUAGCGAUCUUCCACGUAUCACCGAAAUCCUCCUUCGUGGUACAUUCCAAGCCGCUGGACAAAAUUGUAUUGGUAUCGAACGAAUUAUUGGUCUUCCGGAUGUUUAUGACAAAAUUGUCGCAGCACUCGAGCCACGGAUUCGAGCUCUUCGUGUCGGCUCUGCUCUCGACUCUACAGCGGAAUCGCCAGUUGAUGUCGGAGCAGUUAUUUCUGAUGCUUCAUUUGGAAGACUCGAGAAAUUGAUUGCAGAAGCCGUCUCGGAUGGAGCUCGUCUUUUGGUUGGCGGUAAACGUUUCAACCAUCCAGUUCAUCGCUCGGGACAUUACUUUAGUCCUACUCUAAUCGUUGAUGUCACCCCUGAGAUGGCCAUUGCUAACGAAGAGUGCUUCGGACCUAUUUGCGUCGUUAUGAGAGCUAAGAACCCUGAAGAUGCCUGCAACAUCGCAAACCAUCCCGAUUUCGGACUCGGUGCCUCUGUCUUUGGAUCCAAAGACUGGGAACUCAAUGCCAUAAUCAAGAACAUUAAGUCUGGUAUGGUAGCUAUAAACGAUUUUGGUGCAUACUAUGCAGUUCAGUUACCAUUUGGCGGCGUGGCUGGUAGUGGAUAUGGAAGAUUCGCUGGUGAGGAGGGCUUGAGAGGACUUUGUAAUAUCAAAGCUAUUUGUGAGGACCGUUGGCCAUGGUCUCCUGCUUGUACUGCUAUUCCUCCUCCGCUUCGAUACCCGAUCCCGGACACAACAAAGGGCUUCGCGUUUACGAAGGCGGUAGUGGAUAUUGGAUAUGGGGCUGGGGUGAAAGGUAAAUGGAGGGGAAUAAAAGUCAUGUUGGGGAUGAGUUAAUCAGAUAUGGAGUAGUAAUAUAUGGAAUGAUGGACUGGCAAGUCGGUACAGGCGGAGGUAUUUAUGUAGGGUGGCAAAUUUUUGAGUUAAUGUCAUAUGCAAGAUACCUUUAUGCUAAUAUUUAUCAUGUAAAUUCGAUACAAUGAUUUUUCCAAAGGCCUUUCUUGAGGGUCACAGGAGACGGAGGCAAUAGAAGCGCCCAAAUAUAAACAAGAAACAAGACAAGCGUGUAUUAUUUUCUAAUUAUUUUCCAUAACUGGGAUUUUAACAAUCGAAUACGUUUCACUCUAUGCA